AAGCGGAAGUCUCCAGCUCCUUCCGCCGUCACCACAACAAGCCAGUCCAUGCUAGUAGCAUCCGCCUGCUCUUUCUCGGACAAUAUAGCUUCCAAUCCAACUAAAAGACAGUGAGACUCGCGCAUAAUAGUAGUACUUCAAAAUGGGCAGAAGCAGGAGUCGAACUCCUCCAAGGCGUGAGCGAAGACGUUCCCGCUCCACUUCAAGGGAGCGAGACCGAAGGAGAAGAGACAGAGACCGGGACAGAGACAGAGAUCGGGAUAGGGAUAGGGAUCGAGACAGAAGGAGAAGUCGCUCACGAUCUCCUCAUAGGAGGCGUUCAAGGACCCCUCCCCGGCGCCACCGCUCCUCCUCCCAUUCACCCGGGAGGCAGAAGGACAGACGUGAUGAUGACCGCAAGGAUGGGCGAGAUAAGUCGGCGAAGCCCAUUCAGAUAUCAGCUGAAGACAUGGAAGGUAAAACUGAAGAGGAAAUCGAGAUGAUGAAGCUGAUGGGAUUUGGAUCUUUUACCUCAACUAAGGGAAAGAAAAAAGAUGGCUCUGUAAAUGCACAUGCCAUCAAUGUGAGCAUGAAGAGGAAAUACAGGCAGUAUAUGAACCGGAAAGGGGGAUUUAACAGACCGCUGGACUUCAUCGCAUGAAGCAUUUUUCUACUUGUUGAUUUGUUGUUUCCUCAUCUUAUUUUAAUUGUGUAUAUGUGUGCGAUAUUAAAGCAGUGGCCCUUCUGUGUUUUCCAAAUACUCAUG